GCAUUGAUUAACAUAACAUGUACUCGUAUCGCGGACGUUUUAUCUCUCGUUGCAAACCGUUAAAGGUCGCUUAUAAACUGCCAUCGUCAUUUCAGUACACGAAUACAAUCUAAGUCAACAGCAGAUUUGUCGGUUUAAAUAAACGGAGAAAAUUGAUGGAUAAAAAAGUUAUAAUACAAAUAGCAGUGAUUAUAACGUUCAAUUGCGCUAUUCUGGCACUUGCAAUAUGGGUGUUUUUGCAGAAGAACACAGUUAAGACAAUUCAAGAUCUUUUAGGAAUCUAUGACAUGGAAACUCAUAUCGGAGCUGUUGCAAUCGGCAUCCUUUGUUGCGGCAUAAUUGUGCCAAUUGUCAUAUUUGUUAGUGCGAUCCUUUGCAAUUUUUUUCCGGAAAUAACAGCAUGGGUGUCCACUGCAAGUAUAAUACUGAUGUGCGUGGUAUAUCUUAUCUUUGGGUUCCUAUCAGCAACAUAUGAUUGUCAGUUUGACGAUAGACUAGAAAUUACGUUGAACAAGUCAUUGAAGGAAGAUUAUAUUGAUGGAAAGGGCAUGGUAGCAAAGGCUUGGGACAAGAUUCAGUUUGAGUUGUCCUGUUGUGGCGUCCUUGGACCAAAGGACUACGCAGAUGUAAAAUUCAUCACAGGGAGAUACGUUCCGGUUUCGUGUUGCCAACGCCAAGAUACACAUGCUCAACCGUUCAACGAAACGAUGUGCCAAGAUGAAGCGGAUCUGUUGCAACACAAACAAGUCAAUAAUGGAUCAUUUUUAAACACAGUGGGCUGCUACAGUGAGAUGAAAACUUCUUUCCAUAAAUACCUACUUAAGAUGAUGUGGUUGUCAUUCGGAAUGUGUAUAACACUGGUCAUAUGUUUGACGGUGACGUUGUGCAUUAUUUGCAUCGGCUGAUAAAUGAACCACAACCUAUUGUGAUUGAUAAAAAUGCAGACAAUGUCAACAUUGAAUAAGCGAAUAGUACUAGCACUGCUUUUCCUAUUCAUUGAUGUAAUAUUGAGUAACACGUUAAAUGUAUGAGCAGGUGUGUGGAUAUAAGAUUUCUUUUUGUUCACGAGUAUAAUUUCAGAAAGCGCUUGAAGCUUAAUAUAAACACAUAAAGUCAAGGUGAGAAACGCAUUUCCAGUUCAUACAGUGUAAGAAAAACGUGCUUUUCAUUAAUGUGUUUGAUAAAGAUUUAUAUUUAUUUUCUAAUAUCUGAUGCUGUUUAUAUUUUUCUAUGUUUGUAGAGUGUGACAAUAUGUGUUUCAAAUAAUUUGGAUAACUACCUAUGUAUUUGAUGAUAUUAAUCAGAGUACGAUAGAAAGUGAAUGAAUUGCUAUCAGAGUGCCAUGUUUGACGUCCUUACAACUUGCUUCAAGCUUUAAAAGAGUGAUGUUAAACGAUUGUUGAUACUUCGUAUUGCUUUAUCAAUACACUUAUGAUUAAAAUAGCCUGAAUAACAUAAA